AUGGUCGAAUUGCUAUUGAGAAGAGGCGCCAACCCCAAUAUAGCCAAUGCGAAAGGAUGGACCCCUCUGCACAUCAUUCACAAGAGAGAUUACGGUCAAGGCCUAGCCGAGCUAUUCUUCAAGACCUGCGACGAUCUAGGGCAGACAGUGCUGGUCGAUGCUCGGGACAAGGAAGGUAAUACGCCGUUGCACGAGGCAUUAAUAAACCGCAACAGACAGCUGGUCGAAUUGUUAGUGAAAAGAGGCGUGCAUCUAAAUAUAGCCUACAAUGAUGGAUACACUCCUCUACACCUCAUUAGCGAGUAUAAAGACGACGAUGACCAAGACUUGGUGGAGAUGUUCUUCGAGAUUUGGGACGAACAACAGCAUACGACGACUCAAGUCGACGCCCGGGACAAGUCCGGCAACACACCGCUACUUUUGGCUUUGGAAUGCCACAACAAUAUGCUGGUCGAAUUGCUAUUGAGAAGAGGCGCUGAUCAAUGUUUAGCAAACAACGUCGGAGAGACUCCUCUGCACCUUAUUAGCAUGUAUGACGACGACGACGACGAAGACGAAUUGGUGGAGAUGUUCUUCGAGAUCUGGGACGAACGACAGCAGACGGGUCGAGUCGAUGUUCAGGACAAGGAGGGUAAUACACCGUUGCACUAUGCUGUGGAUUGGGGUAACAAGAAGGUGGUCGAAAAGCUGCUGAGAAGAGGCGCAAAUGCAAAUUUAGCGGCUAAUGAUGGUAUGACUCCUCUGCAUACCAUUUGCUGCAAAAGAGACGACGAAAACGAUGGCAUGGCGAAACUAUUCUUCGAUAUCUGCGACGAACGACAGUUGAAGGUUCAAGUCGACGCCGUGGACAAGUUAGGUAAUACACCAUUGCACUUGGUUUUAUACCACCUCGAACGAUUUACCGGCAAUCCACAGUUGAUUAAAUUGCUUCUGGAAAGAGGCGCCGAUCUGAAUCUGGUUAAUGAGGGAGGGAGGACACCACUGCAUAUGAUUUGCAAGAUAGCCUCGAGUCGAGACGAGUUGUUAGUGAUGUUUCCUCGGCUGGCGCAGCUCGAAGUCGUGGACAAAUUGGGCCGGACACCUCUUCGAUGGGCCGUGGAAAAUCUGGUUCCUCGCGUGGUCGAUAUACUCUUGGAUCACGGGGCCGAUCUGUCGAGCUUCGUUUUCCCCACCGCGAGUGACUUCGCCGAGAGGUUGGAUACGCGAGUCUUCAGCAGUAUUUAUGCUAAUUUUAAAUUGAUAAUGGCGUCUAGCCUACUGUCCAUCGCUGAAAAUCUUGAGCAAAGAGGAUACGAGUUUAGUCGAAGCGACGCCCUGACGAUCAUGAAAUUCUUCGCUGAACGAAAUUUGUUCGAGAAGCCGUCGAAUCAGGAUAAAUGUUGGUACGAGGACGAGGAGUUCGUGAGCAAAGCGAAAGAGAUUAUGAUAAGGGAUAACGACCCGAGUCUAUCGCUCUACGAGUGGAGCAAGUUAACACUCGAAGAGGAAGAAAAACUACUGACAUAUGAGGACUACUUUAAAUUUGCGAGAUUUGAUCAUCUUUGGAUACUUCCCGAAGAAGUUAAAGAGGCUUGUCAGUUGCGUCUAUGCGAGAUGAUGUCUAGAGGAUUUUUCCGGCGUUGGGCACUGGAUCCUUUUAUGAAUCUCAUGCGCUGCCGACUGCCGAUUAUCUGCUGUGAAGAAAUCCUUAGCAAGAUGAUGAACGAAGAUUUAUAUCAUAUUUGCUUGGCAGAUGCAUAA